CGAACCAGCGAUCAAGUUUUUCCUUGAAGUGUCAACAGCGAACCUCCUGAAUGGACAUCAGCUCAUCCAUGGACAAAUCGACAACACUUGAUCACAGAUGACGCCCAAUAGGCUGGUGCGCUCGCUCUUCCCAUCACGCCUCCGCGCGACCAAUGCCACGACCAUCACCACCUCGCGAAUCGCCGCGCCAUCGACUGUGGGAUGCCGGGAUCCGCAUUCGUGUUUGAACAGCAACUGCAGAUGCUUCGCUCAAGUCAACGAUAUCGAGCCAUGGAAUCGCGACGUUUGGUUUACCAGUUCUGCUCCACGAUACACAUCACCUGAUCAGAAGGGCGACCACAAACCACCAGACGAGAGAACUGUCAAACUGGGCAGAACGGUGCGGAAGCUACACGAGCGGCUUCCUACUCUGCUCAAGGAGCCACUGCCUUCGGAUAUCCUGUCACCCAGCAUCUCAUUGCACCUCUUCCCAUCGACACACCCGCACCUUCCAACUGUAUCGGGCCGAAUAGCAUACAUCGCUGCCUUAUGGACUGCGCCGGUUGCUUGGGGACGCAUGCCGUUGAUCGGAAAUGUCAAACUCGAUAUUCUUGCGGAGCGCAUGGUGCAGCAUGGCGGCACUGCAGUUCCGUUGGGGCAGCGUGAAGAGAAGCUCAUCGUGAAGUGGAAGACCUGCGGAAAGACGUCACACCGAGAUGGUACGGGAGGCAUCUAUCGAGGCAUGGGCCUUGCCGCAAAAGAUCCCGUAGAGAAGAUCAGAGGCUUCAUCGCAGGCACAAAAAGUGGUGAUCGGGACGCCCGAGCGCGAGACGAGCCAGAAGAAUUUCGCGGGAUCUUCAUCUUUGAAUUUGAUGAAGAGGGACGCAUUCGAAAACACACGAUUGAGCAUACCGAAGAGGGUGGAGACCAUGACCGCAUGACCCGAGUCGUGUCUGUGACAGACUGGUUGUUGGGUCAAUUCAAUGGCAAGAGGAAACACGAGGAACCGGCUCUGGCGUUGUGCGAAGAAAGACCGAAUGGAGGGUCAAUACAUUUGAUGGACAGACGAUACCGGCGUUGAUUGGUUACGAUGAGCGUAAGUGAUACCCAAACUUGAGAGGAAAUGGAUGCUUCAGAACUUGUACAAUGCAUUGGAUCGGCGUAGAAUUUCAGGCAAGUCUGUUACUACGCCAGGGCAUCCCCACUCGACUGUACACAUAUGUACCUACGAAACUACUUCAUGAAAGCAAGGAGGCUUCAUCUCCAUCUCCAGAGCAGAGAGCAGGCGUUCUUCGACCCGCACAGUAUGCUGGCGAGCAGAUACAGGUAGAUCCCAUGUCGCAGCAUUAUAGCCACUACUCCAACACUUACGUCCUACAGAC